GCGGCGGUGGUGGCGGCGGCGGCCACGAGCAGCCUGCUCCUGCCUCGCCUCCCUCCUCUGGCAGCGCCGCUGCUGCCCCUGCCGCACCCCCCCGUACCUCAGCCGCCCCCCCCGCCACAGGCCCUUGCAACGGGGCCGCAGCCCGGCCGUCGCCCCCGGCCGGGGCUACACUUCCCUUCCGCUCCACCGAUGACACCCUCCUCCUCCCGAAAAUGGUUACGAAGGGCACACACAGCACCCACCUGAAGCUGGAGAGCGAGCUGGAGCGCUGCCGCGCCGAGGGCCAGUGGGAGCGAGUGCCCAACCUCGUCUUUCAGCUGCAGAGCAUCCCGGUCACUGGCAGCGGCGGCCGGCGGGCCGGCGGCCGGAGCGUCACUCUUGCCAAGCAGGACAUCGAUGACUUUGGGAAGCUCCUCCUUGCAGAGGCCAUGCUGGAGCAGUGUUUGAAGGAAAAUGUUAGUGACGUAAAAGAGUCCAUCCCUUUGGUGGAGAAGAACCAGCCCAAAAUGUUUGAGGCCAAAAAGUAUCUGACUAGUAUCCUCAACAGAGGGAAGUUGUCGCCGCAGCAUAUGCGAGAGGCCAUGCUGAUCCUGGGAAAGCUGCAUUACGUGGAGGGGUACUACAGGGAUGCAGUCAGCAUGUAUGCCCGGGCUGGCAUUGACAACAUGUCUGUGGAGAACAGGCCUUUGUACCAUAUGCGGCUGGUGACCGAGGCGUUUGUGAUUAAAGGCCUCUCCCUGGAACGCUUGCCCAACUCCAUCGCCUGCCGAGCCCGACUCAGUGAGAGGGAAGAAGAAGCCAUCUCCUGUUUUGAAAGGGCAUCCUGGAUUGCUCAGGUGUUUCUGCAAGAGCUGGAAAAGACCACAAAUAAUAUCCAUCAAAGGGGCCUGAAAAGCAACAACCCAGCUCUGCCUGAAUUUGAACUGACGUACUUUCUGGAAGCUGCCCUGCAGAGUGCCUAUGUGGCCAACUUACGGAAAGGGAACAUCGUGAAGGGCAUGAGCGAGCUGCGGGAAGUCCUGCGGAUUGUGGAGACUAGAGCAACCCAGAACUUAAAAGUGACCGCCGCAAAGCAGCUGGCCGGAAUACUCCUCCACUCUCUGAGCGAGGACUGCUACUGGGGGCCCCUGUCGCAUCCUCUGCCUGAGUUUAUGGGCAAGGAGCAGAACUCCUUCAUCACCCAGCCUCUUAGGAAGCCUGACCUCUACACUGGAGACAAUCUCUACUGCCCAAAUGACAACAUCGAGGAGGCUCUGCUGGUUCUUCUCAUCAGUGAGUCCAUGGCCACCCGGGAAGUGGUUCUGAGCCGUUCCCCGGAACAGAAGGAGGACCGAGUGAUCAGCCUCCAGGAUGCCUCCACAGUCUACGACCUCCUGAGCAUCACGCUGGGCAGAAGGGGGCAGUAUGUGAUGCUCUCUGAGUGCCUGGAGCGAGCCAUCAAGUUUGCCUGUGAAGAAUUCCACCUCUGGUACCAGCUGGCCCUCUCCAUGGUGGCUUGUGGGAAGUCGGCGUAUGCUGUGUCGGUGCUAAAGGAGUGCUCAAAGCUUCGUCCCAGUGACCCCACCGUACCCCUCUUGGCUGCCAAGGUCUGCAUCGGGCCCCUGCACUGGCUGGAAGAAGCAGAGCAGUUUGCCAUGAUGGUCAUCAACCUACAGGACAAAGCUGGGGAGUUCCUCCCCAAAGGGUAUCUGGCGCUGGGUCUCACCUAUAGCCUCCAGGCAACAGACGCAACACUGAAAUCCACACAAGACGAAUUGAACAAGAAAGCUCUUGAGACACUAGAGAGAGCUGAGAGCCUGUCCCCCAAUGACCAUCAGAUCAUUCUCUAUGUCUCCCUGCAGCUGGCCCUUGUCAGACAGGUCUCUGAUGCCAUAGAGCAUCUACAGGAGGCUCUGAAGAUACACAAGGAUGAUGUUCACUGCCUACACCUCCUGGCGCUCCUCUUCUCAGCCCAGAAGCACUACCAGCAUGCCCUGGACAUCAUCAACAUGGCAGUCACUGAGUACCCAGAAAACUUCAACCUGAUGUUCACUAAGGCAAAGCUAGAAUGUGUCUAUAAAGGCCCAGAGGAGGCCCUCGUGACCUGCAGAAACAUGCUGCGCAUAUGGCAGUCCUUGCACACUACCUGUCUGCUCGGGGGCUCUGAAAAGGAUGGCAGCCUCACCGAGAUGCCCGUGCUGAAGAAGCAAGCUGGAAUGCACUUGACUCUGCCUGAUAAUUAUGAGGAGGGAUCAGGCUCUCACGCUGCCUCCUCCAUCGCAGCAUCCCGACUGGAGGAGGCCAUGUCUGAACUAACAGUGCCCAACUCAGCCAUGAAGCAGGGACCCCUGCAGAUGUGGACCACGCUGGAGAGGAUCUGGCUCCAGGCAGCUGAACUUUUCAUGGAGCAGCAGCACCUCAAAGAAGCAGGCUUCUGCAUCCAGGAGGCUGCGGGCCUCUUCCCCACCUCCCACACCGUGCUCUACAUGCGGGGGAGGCUGGAAGAGAUGAAAGGCAACUUGGAGGAGGCAAAACAGCUCUACGAUGAAGCCCUGACCAUCAACCCCAACGGGCUGAAAAUCAUGCACAGCUUGUUCUCAGAAUUAAAGACCCGGGGGGUCUCCGGUCCAGUUGCUGACACCAUCGAUUCCGUCGUUUACCUUGAGAUUGAAUUCCUCGUUAGCUUAAGCCAAGUCUUGGUAUUUCCUGGGGUCAGCAGACUUGGUAAACCCCUUUCCUAAAUCUGAAACAAACUUCUUGCUUAUGAAAAAACAGUCUGUGUCCUCUGCAUAAGUAGAUUCUUUAUUCCCUCCUCUGACAACACUCCUUCCAGCUCCAGAGCUCGGAGGGAACAACAGGACCCCUCCUUUUCUCUGGGAUCCCCAUUGGUUAGCACAGCGCUGAGGCUGGGUCCGUAGUGCAUUGGGUGAUAGGUGGCUUGCAUCAUUAGAGUCUGUCAGAGACCCAAGAUGAAGAGCAGCUGAGGGGACCCUGGAAGUUGGGAGUGGGGGCUGAGAGGCCAAGUGGUCCUUCCCCCAGGCCCCCCCAUACCUGCAGAAACCUCGUCCCAGGGGCAGUGUGACUGCUACAGGCCCACAGAGGGACUUUGACCUGUGGAGCAGGGCCGCUUUACUUUUUCCACUUGUGACCCCUCUUUGCCUGAGACAUUUUUACACGGCCUCGUGUCCAGAGGUGGGGGACGCCCACCCCGCUUUGCAGGGCUGGUGUGGAGAAGCUAACAGCUGAAAGCAGCACGCAGAGAUGACUGCUUAGGAACCUGCAGUCUGGCGUGUUCAGAAUUCUCCUCCCUUCCUUCCAGUCCCUGCCCAGAUUGCCAUGGAAACCUGACCAGGGAAUGGAAACGAGAAUUGGAGCCCCCCGCUUCUAGUCCCACGCUCUGCGAAGGCGUUACACGCUUUGUCUGGAGUCAGCCGGCGUGGCUGGUCGGAGGCCGUCAGGGGGCUCCUCGGGGCCCAUGUGUGUCCUCCUUCUCCGUGGCGGCUCGGCUCCCUCCUCCCCACUUUCAGCUGGUAGCCUGUCUGAAAAAUGCUUCUAGGGAGAUUACCUAAUUAGAGAAAGAUGUAAGGCAGGUUCUGCCGCGCGGGGGCGGGGCAAGGACAGUGAGGAGCCUGUCACCUCGUCACCUCAGUUCUGGGGGGAAGAGCCCAGAGAUAUCCAACCAUAAGGGCACCAUUUCCCAUCUACCCUUAUUACUGUUUGUCGCUAUUUUCAAGGAAUUGAAGUUAUUUUCAGGGACAAGUCUCCAUGGUAACAGAACAGGCACCCGUCGCAGCUCCCUGCAGACAGCUUCUGGAGGGGCUCUCUCUGUGUCCGUGGGCACCGCGCUUAUUUAAUGGCACAGGCUCGGCCCUCCCAGCCCUGAGGGCAGCCCCCAGCAGCCACGCUCUCCCCUGCUACAACGCCCCUUCCCUUUCGCCCCUCACCAGCAUCUCGGCAGGUGGAGCGGCAGGAGGCCCAAAGCGUGGCCUGGAUCCAAGAAGGGCCUCGAUGACCCUGUCCUGAGUGCUUCCUCCUCUGGGGCCGCUGGACAGCAAACUUGCGACCUUGCUGGGAGAGCUUUUCCCUGGGUGUGCCUCGGUCUGUAAAGUGGGAGGCAGUCCUGAUCCUGCCUACCUUGAAAAGUGUAGUGUUCUGCAGAGCCAUAGGAGCCGGGUCAGUCAGCGCGCACGUGUCAGGCGCCUGGCUGUACUGCAGCCGAGGAGCCCCUUCUGCCCUCAGAUCUGGGGCACAGGCCCCAAGUAGCUCCUGGAAGGUCACCGUGUGCCAGGACCAGGGCGCAGAGGCGAGGCGGGAGAGCAGCCGAGAGGCCCGGGGAUGAGGCGCCAUGUCCCGCCGGUGAAAGGCUCACAGAGGGAAGCCGGGAAGAGGCCGGGCUCCUGACACUCCUGGGAGCAUUUGGGGACUUUUGAGUGGGAGAGUGCUGUGGUCAGAUCUCUCAGGACUGAAGAGUGGACGGGACUCGGAAUUGGAGUUGCUGUGAGGCCCAAAGAGCCAGUGGGAGGAGGCUCUGGGGGUGGGCUGGAGGAGCAGGGAUGGGGGUCUGGCUGGGCUGAUGGCUUCCUGCAUGGUGUGGAAGAAACGUGGCGAGAAGGCAAAAAUAGACCAACUGCAGAAGGUGUGGGGCACCUGAGAGGGAGCCUGGCAGCCUGGGGAACCGGGCCCGGGGGGAUGCCCCCACAAAGGAAGCAGGACCCCUAGAGGGACCCAACCAUGGGUUCCCAGGGGCAUCUCACUCACCUGCUGGCGGGGGGGCCGUACUUAGUCUGUAUGUCUGGACCGUUGUGGCCUCCUGAGGGAGUGUAUCUUGCCAAGGGCAGCCCGCUCGCGUGGCUUUGUACCCUCACGCCUUGAUGCAGGGACUGGCCCAGGCUGGGCACUUCUCGAGUGUUGGCUGGCUGACCAUUUGCUGGGAAAGGGGCCAUCGAAACACAGCAUUCAGAAAGCCUAUCACGGAGCAGAUGUCCCCUCCACAAUGUACAGGCCUCACGAAGCCCAUGGCCAGCGAGGGGUGCGGGGCCUGGAGCCAGGAGGACUCCUCUUCCAGCCUCAGAC